GCGAGAGAGAGCGCGCGCGGAGUGUGUGGAGUGUGUGUGUGCGCGCGCCCUGAGCGAUCGAUAGUGGACGGGCGCGUUGACGACAGGCACGAUGCGAUCUGGAGGUGUGGGCUGGGUGAGGGGGAUGUGGCUGCUACUGGCCUGGGUGGGGUGGGUGGCGGGGAGCGAGUUGUCAGCUCAGGGACACAAUGAAGCGCUGUGCCCCAACAACACUGUGGUUGAGACAGUGACACAGUGUGCCAAGGCCAGCGACUCGUUUCUGGCUUGUGUGGCCGCGCGGGGCGGUGGAAAUGCCGUGCAGUGUGAUUGCAUCCUCAAGCACGACGACGUGCAGGCCUGUAUUGGCCCGUGCCUGCCCAACGUGUACAACAUUCUCUGUGCCCGCCCCUGGCAGCCUCACGUCAGCAAGUACUUGACCUAUUUUCCCCAGCGCCCACUCUUGGAAGGCAUUGAUGGCGUUUAUGUAAUCAACCUGCGCCGUCGCCCUGACCGUUUGCACGGCUUUUUGCAGCGCUCCAACGUCGACCCAGACAGCAUUCACAUCUUUUCCGCCUUUGAUAAGCGUGAACUGGCCUGGAGCCAAAGCCUACGCCGUCUUUUUGCCGGCAACCGCUUCCACUCUCGCCGUGCCGUCAUCGCCAAGGCCCUCUCCCACUUUACUCUCUGGCGCCACAUUGCCACGAGCGAGCAGCAAUACCACCUUAUUCUUGAAGAUGACGUCCAACUAGCCCAUGAUUUUGUGGCGCGCUGGAACGCACAAAUUCAGCAUGCCUUUCCGUCAGACGCGGAUGUUGUCUUCCUCGGUGGCCUCUCCUCUGGCAACCGAGCCUACUACAGUCAAGCCAGCACCCUUCGUCGUGUCUCGCGCCACUUCAACUUGCACGAGCCGACCACGCUCUUUCACGCCGAUUGGGACCCCGAGCUGGACCAAGGCGACGCCACCACCCCCACCCGCGCUUUCCACUACCGUCCCUGCGCCUACAUUCUCUCAAGCCGUGCGGCUCAAAGUCUGGUGCAGCUUGUCUCCAAAAAAGGCUUUCGCUAUAGUCCCGACAUCAUGCUGCUCAAGGCCAUGCGCCAGUGGGACCAAGUCUACGCCCUGCACCCCCUUGCCGCCAACGAGCCUCCAGUGGACUUUACAAUGGCUCAUGGCCGCGAUUCGGAUGUUGAAUUUGAUUUGGCCGUCUUGCCAGAGCCCCAAACAGAGCCCACGAUCGAACGCGCCUCCCCAGAACCCGUCGCCGACCCUUCUGUAGCUAUACCCUCUCAGGCUGAGCCCGCCUCCGCCAAGACCGAGCCCUCCAUCGCCGCACCACCUGUGCCGCCAAGCUUACAGUCGGCCUCUGACGCAGCUGAACCCGCCGAGACCUCAUCUACCUCCAUGUUCAGUGCUGAUCUACAGUCAUCGGCAUGGCCCGUAACAAGCGGUCAGGUGACCUUGAGUUUCAUCGGCCUACAAUCUGACGAAGAACGUCGCGCCGCCUUUGAAGCCAACCUUCGCCAGGCCGGCAUCAGCAUGUUUUGGCAUGUAGGUACGGAUGGUAGCUCCUUGAUGAUGGACAAACUCUUUGAACGCAACGUUGUGGCGGUGCCCUUGACGAGCCGCCAACGUGGCGAUGUGGGUCGCACGCUGUCCCACAUGCUAUUGCACGAGAAACUGCACAAACUACCCGCAUCAAAUGGCGAGAUUGUGGCCCACGCCGUGUUUGAAGAUGAUGCCAUUUUGCCACCGAAUUUUCCGACACUUCUUGAGCGAGCCCUGGAACGCCUGGGACGGUCUGACUGGGACCUGUUUUCGUUCCACUGUGCAGCGGCGUGCACCAAGCCGCCCACAUCGAGCGCCUAUCCAGUGCCCGCACCGCGCGCCGAGUGCAACAUUUCGCCCAUGGCAUAUCUGGUCAAUUCCAAGGCCGUGGGUCGCUUGUUUCAGUACCUCUUGCCCAUCCGACGCGACCUCUCGCAAACGUUGAUUAACGAACAGUUUUUGCAAGAGUUCAAAGUUUUCUGCGCUGGUCACGACCUGCAGCUGGAAUUCAAUUCUCGGUUUCCAUCGAUCCGAACCUCCAAAAACGUGAAAAUGUAACGAAAGCAUAAUUUUAGGGCUGUGCCUUAUUUUUAAAAGGCCUGCCGCAGUGCGGUGGGUCAGGUUUGAGCGACGUGUUGGAGCGACUCCUCCUCUCCCUAUACGACUCGCAUCCUCUCGCUCGUUUGAACGCUUGAAAGUGGAAAAUUGUUCCGGUUGCAUGACAACUUUUGUGAGCAAUCACGUUGUAGGCGUUGUACCGCAGAAUUGAGACACGUUUGCG